GACACACGUAUAAUAACACUGCGCGCGCACACACAAAGAAUGGUGAGGUCCAUAUUGCGUGGAUGUGAGUGGCCAGUAACCCAGCGUGCCCCCCGACCCCAGCCCACAUGCUGACCUCCCUUGCAGGGCGUCCUGUGCUGGCUGUGCUGAGCCCGGCAGCCCUCCACCACCUCCCACUCUCCGUUGUCUCUCUUGAUGGGGAAGCUGACGCUCAGGACGUGGUUACACGGCUUGAUGAUCCGCAGGAUCCCGCGGACCCUCUUCCGCUUGUUCUCGUGACUCUCUCGAGUCUUCAGGUCGUCCACCAGCUUGUCCUCCACGAUAGCGGCGCCGCGGUCGAAGAAGCCCUCCACCAUGGUGAAGAAGUUGGGGUCGUCGUCCCGGUCCACGGCCUGGGAGUAGUCGCGGUACCGCAGCCGAGACGCCGCCGCCGGGAGAACUGAGUCAGCGGCGCCCAGCCAGGCGCUCGUCCCCCGGGCGAGCAUCCUUCCUAAGUUCCGGUACAUUUUUGUGAUUUUAAAGCUUGUUAACUAACUUCUACAAAGAAGGGAGAAAGUCACAAAGUCAACGAGGAAAUGGAACAAGGAAACUCCUCCUCCUCCUCCUCCUCCUCCUGCUGCUGUUGCUCUUCCUUUUCUUCAUCCUCCUCUCACUCCUCUUCCUCUAUGACACAUGACACAUUGCACCUGGACUUUCGUUCAACAUCUGGACCUUGUAGCGUUGCCCGUGUUAGCUUAGCAUUAGCUUCAAACGCUAACUUUGAAACGCAACUCUGUGAUUCUUGCGGUUAACUUUAGUAUCAAACUGUUUGUGUCGGAACUUAAGUGGUGACUUAGCUUUUAGGUUAACUUAACUCUGAAGUGUGAGAGUAUCGUACUUUGAGCAUUCUCAGUAGCCUAGCAUAGCAUUAGCAUUAACGCCGACGUCUGUGUAGCUUUGACUAGCUUUGAAAAGUGUGACGAUGUAACACGACUCCAAAUGACAGCAUCGGCAGCCCCUCACCCCAAAUGGACAUUUCUCACAGUUAACAAGUUGAUUUAGUCAAUAUAUUGUUGUCUUUCAUAUUAAAUGUGAUUUUAAAUAACCCUUGUUAAAAGCAAUAAUUAUCUUAAUAUAUAAUCAACAUAUGAUAAUCAAUUAACAUUAUUGCGUUAAAAAUGUACAUGUGUGAUGUGUAUUGUUACAGUGAGACAUGAGAUAUGUCCAGAACUUUCUCCUCUUAGGAUGUGUGAGCGGCCAAGGAUCCACGUUUUCCUGGGGGCCCCUCCCUCCACACCUGACAAUGCAUCAGCGCCUGACUGUGCCAUAGAGAGGGAGGGGGCACCAAUCGGCCGCUGGCGACACCUGGAGCUCUCCUGGCAGGAAGGCCGGCUUGUCCCUGCCGAUGCGGAAGAAGCGGUUCAUCUCUCACAAGACCAGAACAAGGCUAAAACCACAACUCGGGAUGGUCCAGCCUCAAGAACUGAACAGACCACAGAGAGGUCCGAACGACAUAAACCACGGUCAGACGAGCAGGACCAGCGCGCGGUCUCUGUUCAAGAGUAUCUGGACUCAUGUUUCCCUGCUGCUCAACUAGAACAAACUAGAGAACCACAACCCAUUACUACAACCCAGUACCUUGCUACCUGGACUCUAAGUCAAGCGUUAAUUCUGAGAAGUUCCCAAUCAGCUAGCAGCCCCUCCCAGAGCCCACAAAAACACCCCCAAACGUCACCAGAAGACUCCUCCAAUACGCCGGAGCUCUUCAGUCCGUCAGCCCGGUGGUCUCCUGGAGGUUCCGGUGAGCCCCUCUGUCUGGAGCAGCGGGCCGAGCAAGGGGGCGUGGUCCUGGAGGCCACUUCACAUGGAGUGCUGUGCUCCCAGGAGGACAGCAGUUUGCCCUCCAGUCCCGGACAUAAAAGAGCUCGUCUCGCUGACGACGUCGGGACGGAGGUGUCGGCUUCAGAUGGAAAUGGUGCAGCUGGGUUUCGCGGUUCCACCACGCUUCUCGUCCAGUGUGCUCAAGCGGCAGUUCGGUAUCAGGUUCUGGUCGUUGUCGUCCAUCCGUGUCAGGUGAAAGAGGUGAAGGUGAAGUCUGGACCCUCCACUGGGACCCUGGUCCCUUUGGCCACCAUGGUGGUGACGGACCAGUCAGCCACGGACAUGAAGGUGGUGUUGUGGCGGCGGGCGGCAUUCUGGGCGUUGACUGUCAGUGUCGGAGAUGUUGUGCUCAUCACAGGCCUGCAGUUGCGUGAGGACACCUGGAGGGGAGAAAAGGUACUGCAGUCCACCUUUGGCAGCAAACUUCUUAACUUGGGUCACAUUGGUGCCCCCACCUGUCCACCAGGUGGCCAUCAGGUUCAUGCACGCUCUGUAGUUUCUCUUUGUGACUUCCUUCAAGAGCAGCGCCCCCUGCUGCUGUCUGUGCCGCCCCGGCCCCCUCAGGACUUGAGGCGGCUGCCAUACGCACCCCUGUGGGCACUGAAAGUGAACAUGCUGGUUCACGCCUUGCUGCGUGUCAAACACGCACACAUCAGCACAGAGUGGCGAGGAGAAGCGGAUUCCCGCUGCAGGUCAGCUCUGGAACGUCAGGCUGUUGUGACCGUAGAGCAGGCGGACAGCCAGCAGGGGGUAUUGCUGCUGUGGGGGGCAGCUCUGGACUGGCUCCCACGCUUUAGGACAUACAAAGAUGCUGUCUGGGAUGUCCGAUUCCUCCUGGUAAGGGAGGGCUUGACGUCUGACCUCCCAGAGCUUCACACCACCCCCUGGAGCUCAAUCCGGCUUAUGGACGGCACCGACCGCAGACUGCAGGACUUCAUGUGUGGAACUACCAGCCCUGUGGAUCUGGACCUGGAUACGCUGCUGUCCCAGAGCUACUCAGGAGACGUGCUGCUCAGAGUCCAGGUCAUCAGCUUCCACUUCCAGCCUUCCUACAAUGCACCACAUCCGACCCUCCACUGCUUUACGCCACAGCCUGACGUCCUGGCAGCGCUGAGUGGCGACAUCACAUACUCUGGCUGCGGCCGCUGCUCUGCUGAACUCGAUACAGACGCCAAUGGAAUUUAUCGUCCUUGCUACCCGUGCCUGCCUUACACGGCCGUACGCCGCUACUACAGGCCAAGUGUGUUGACAGUGACUGGGCGGGGCAACCAUAGCGUGUGCAUUCAGGUUCCUGCCCUCGCUCUUCAGAAGAUUCUCGAUGCUCUGCCUGAUGAGCUACACAGAAGCUCAGCUCCAGGUUCUGAAGUGAAGCACAUCGAGGUGGCUGCACAGAGGCUCCAAAACCUCCUGAGCCUUCCAAGGAAAACCGUCAUUGUUACCGUGCGCAGCCUCUUCCUGCGUGACGAAAACAGCGUCCCAAUCAGUCAGGAGCUCACAAUGCUGGACCUCCAGAUCUCAAGAACGUGAAGUGUCAGACCUGCUGGACCACUUCAGGUCAGGUCAGGUCAGGUGCGGUCUUUUGCCAAAAAGUGGAUUGUAUGGCCAUUUUACAAGAUGGAACAACAAAUGUGGAGAUGAUUUUUUUUUUUGUUGCUAUAGCGACUGCUCGCAUUCAUGAGAUAUAGCAUAUGACCAAAAAAAUAAAAAAUGUAUAAAAGCAGAAGCGGAAGACUA